AGCCAGUAGAUCCGUUCGAGGGGCAUCCAACUAGGGUUUUAGUAUUGGCUUCUAGUGUUGCGCGUUUCGGUUCACGUUGAAGGAUUGGCCUCGACUUGCUUUUGUUUGGUGGAGAAUAUGUAGACGCCAGAUGUAUGCGUCUGAGAUAGUGGACAUCUUGCGGUAGGGGUGGAGAAGAGGGCUUCGAAGAUUGCUUUGUUUUUGUUAUAUCGGGCCAAACCUGGUGACCGGAAAAGGAACAAGUACCAGCUACUAAUUCUCUCUUCUAAGCAUUCAAACUCGUUGUGAGCAAUCAAGAUUGAGGUUGUAGAGGAUUUUCUGUCGCAUCUGUUUUGUGUGGGGUUGGAAUGAGUAGUCUAAGGCCAGAAUCGCAUGUAGCACAACAGAUUCGGCGUGACAAGUUGAGAAUCCAGAAUAGCUCCCAGCAUUUACAAGAUUUCCCGACUAAUAUUGAACAAUUGUCACUACACCCAGGCUUAAACUCGGAUUUUCUGCAAGUUAGGAAUGUCAGAAACGCCAACAUGCUUUACGAACCAGCAUUUUAUUCAUCGGAAAUGGCCAAUUUUUCAACACCGUCGAAUCCUUUAUCUGCUGGAGACGAAGUCAAACCAAGUAGACUAAUGUUACCUCACUAUGCUUCAUUCCCCCGUUCAUCUGUACCGGAACAAGGACCGUCGUCAGCUGAUCAACCGCGAGUUAACUUGGGUUAUGAUUGGAUGAUCAAUUAUGGAAGUAGUUCCGGGGUCAAUGAAACCAAUAAUCCCAGCUCUAGUUAUGCGACCGAAUUGAAUAAUAACAAUGCGCCUGUGUGUCAGCACUUGGGGAAGCCUAGUUACAACGAACUCAUGGGAAGGCAGUUAGGUGAUGAAGUGCAUCAUCCUUCGUUUCUACCUCCACUUUUCCAGAAUACUUUACACGAUAUCGUCAAGUCAGCUUCUAUCGGUGCCCAAGGAUCCACCGAUCAUAUAGCCUCUCAGAUGCAACAUCCUGGUCACGGUAUCUGGAUGGGAAAUCAAAGUCAAUCAAAUUUGUUUCAUUUCGGAAAUACUAAUUUGAGCGACUCCAUAAAUCCUCAGGGGCUAUCUUUAUCACUUUCUUCAAAUUCCCAUUCCAAGGCUUCUCUUGCUGGGUUCCCAUUCCGCGAUGGGCACGGAUCGGACGAACUUUACUCGCGAUGUGAUAAAUCUGCGAAAUCUGUUGUGAAGCCUUCAUCCUUAGUUACUAAAAAUUGUGGGAAAUCACUCCAAGACGUCGUGGGAGUAGCUUCGAACGCCAGUGGUUAUCGAAGUAAUGUAGGCCCGCUCGGGCCUUUCACAGGAUAUGCAACCAUUUUAAAGAGUUCGAGAUUCUUGAAACCAGCCCAAGAGUUGUUGGAUGAAUUCUGUAACAUGUGUGGCUCCAACGUUAUUAAAGCAUCCGAUGUUUCUGAUAUCUCUAGGCUGUCCGGAGAAGCCAGUGCUUAUUCUGCAGCAGAAGCUGUCAUUAGUGCAACUAAAAGUGGGGUUAGUGCAAAAGGAAGCGUUAGCAAUGCAGGCGCUGCUUCGUGUUCUAUCUUAUUUCAUUCCGACGAAAACAGUGGUGCUUGUGAAGCAAGAGGAAACUUUGAUUAUUCUUCCCUGUCGGCGUAUCAACAAAAAAAGUCGAAGCUCCUGUACAUGCAAGAGGAGGUUACGAAAAAACACAAGCAAUAUCACCAACAAAUGCAUAUGGUUGUUUCAUCUUUCGAGUCAGUAGCAGGUCUGAGUUCAGCUUCCCCUUAUAUCACAAUGGCUCUCAAGUCGAUAACAAGACACUUCAAGUGCCUGAAAAAUGCCAUCUUGGAUCAGAUCAAGCAUACAAGAGAGGUGUUGGGGGAGGAGUUGUCAGGAUCCACGUCUGGUUCAACUAGUAAACUUGACACUGGGCUAACAUAUCUGGAACAAAGCUUUCAGAAGAACAAAGCUUCAUUUCUUGAACCUCAACAAGUUUGGAGGCCACAGAGAGGCUUGCCCGAGCGCGCGGUGGCAAUUCUUAAAGCUUGGUUAUUUGAACAUUUCCUCCACCCGUACCCCACGGAUACUGAUAAACACAUGCUGGCGACACAAACAGGUCUAUCUCGAAACCAGGUAUCAAACUGGUUCAUAAAUGCUCGAGUCCGUGUAUGGAAGCCAAUGGUUGAGGAAAUACACAACCUUGAAACAAAAGGCUUCGCAGGUGGCAACCAGAACGAGGGAGCAUCUGGGGCAGAAGGAAGCAGUCAACAAGCUAUGGUAGCAGAACCUCUAGGCAAGUUUGGUAGACACGGAGAUGUAAUGCCGGAGAAACAAUUCCAGUGUUUGGAAAUGAGUCCCUUGGGAGGGAAUCCGGAGGGCGUGGGAUUUAUGGGUGCGGCAGAGCAAUGGAAUCAAGAGAAGCGGUCUAAAUUGGAAUGUCAGAUUACGCCAAACAUGGAUGGGGCCUUAAUGGGUUUUGUUCCUUACAGGCGUGAUGCAGGCCUGGAUGUUGGGGGACUCGGGUCUGUGUCGUUAACGCUGGGUCUUAGACAUGGGAUUGAAGCCGUACAACACCAGCAGCAGCAACAAUUACACCAGGAGGACCAGAUUAGACAUCACUUUGGAGAGCACAUGAUCCAUGACUUUGUGGGUUAGAUCUUCAUGUCUUCUUUUACACCAAUGAGAAAAAAAACAUGACAAACGAGGAAGGGAUAGACGAACAUACUGACUCCUAUACGAGUGACCUCUGGGUUACGCGACUAUUUUUCUGUCUUUAGGUUUAGGUGAGCUCUCAAAAGUGUAAUUAAAUUUGGGCCGGGCAAAAGAGUUUGGCGUGUAAGGUUUGCCCUGAAACAUGUUUUCAGAAAAGUUAUGAUGUUCAAGUUCAACUGCCUUCAAGGUGUAUGUUUUAUCUGUAUCAGCGAUUAAAACACUUGAACGAACAGUCCCACUGAUUUAGAUUUU